UUCUCACAGGAAGUCCUGGACCAGGAAGUCCUGGACCAGAACUACUAGUUCAGCUCGCRGCCAAGGUCCAGCAUCACAGGUGGUGUGUGCAGCAGGUAGAAGGUCACCUGGACAGGCAGAACAAGGACACAGACCCUACAGAAAGGCUGAAGCUGUGGGCAGCGCUGGUGAAAACAGCUCGUAAACAGGAAGUCUGGGACGUUUGCAGAGCUGCCUGUUGGUUCUGUUUGCUUUACGAUGAUGGGAGAUGGAAGCUGUCACACACAGACAAGUGUAAAUGUGCAGAAGAAGCAGAAGAUGGUCUGAGCUGCAGACAGACACACACUCAGGUCCACAUGCUGCUCCUCUUAGCUGAGSUUCACUUCAUCAGAGCUGAGGCUGCCGUCCAGAAGCUUUUAUCUGAGGGCUUCGAGCUGAACAGCCUGGCUGUCCGGCCUCAGAGAGGAGRCGUGAGUUCCUCUGAAGACGAUCCAAACUGGGUUGUUUACAGAGACUGGAUCCAGGCUCUGUCUGCUGAAGCCACCUCCAGCUUCUUGCAGGCAGCAGAGCUGGGAGCAGAGCUGGGAGAGCAGUGGGUGGUAACAAACGCAGCCGUUUACCUGUGGAACUACAACCACCACCUGCUGGCUGAGGGGCAGUACCAGCUCUUACUGCCCACCUUCCAGAGCCUGCUGGCACUGCUCAAGAAGAUUAAAAACACCAGCUGUCCUGCAGUGUGGGUUCUGCUGUGUGACGCUGUGGCCCGAGGCCUGAUCCAGCCUCUGUCUGAAAGAGACGCCGCUCAGGCCGGACCCGAAGAUCCGAGGGCCCAGAACAGAGCUGAGAGGGCCGCUUCUGUUCCCGGGUCACGUUUAUUCCCCGCUGCCUCACAAGACGCCCACAAGGCCUUAGAGAUUUGGUGGUUGUGCAGUGGAGGAGAUGCUGAGCUCUGCAGCCUGUCUGAUGGGUCUGGCUUUAGUUUCUGAGUCCAGAGGAGACCUGAAGUCUUACAGAGAAGCUCUGAAGCAGUUCCUGUCGGCCGUCAGCUUUGCAGAAACAGCCAACCAGCAGGACUUGUGCGUUGCAGCUGCUGGACAUUACUGGACCGCCUGUCAGCCUCUGACUCACAACCCUCAGGAAAGAUGGCAGCUCAAAGAAGACCUGCAGAAAAUCCUCAACGCCCUCCUUCACACAGCCCAACAUGAGCAGAAGCAGGACCAAGUGAGAGGAUUUCGGACCCUCAGAGAGUUCCCGGCUCCUCAWCAUGGACCAGAAGACCAGGAUGUGAGUGUGAGAGCAGCCGUCUGCAGCUUGUUGUCCAACAUCUACGCUGAGCAGUCCGACUGUGAAGGAGCCGUGAAGCUGCUGGACAGAACCAUCAGAGGCCUGCCGAGCUCCGCUCAUCGACGACGCCUGCUGAAGCAGCGUCUGUUGCUGAAGGCUGCUCAGGGAGGAAGCAUCGACGAGGACAUGCAGAGCCUGCAGGAAGGAGAGGCCUUCUGUUCCUCGGUGUGGCACCAGGUGGCGCUGUGUGGCGGCGGCUCGUUGAACCAGAGGCUCCACUGCUACCUGAGAGCCAUCACCUGUGUCACAAGCUCAGACACGUGGCGUACAGUCAGCCUCCUGCUGGAGUUUGGGCAGUGGUUGUUCUGUCACAGCUUCCACCGAGCUGACGCCCAGCAGCAGGUCCAGUGGGCCGUAGACCUCCUGCUGCACUCAGAGAACAUGUUGGACACAGAGAGCAGUGAGUCUCCUCUGGGAGUUAACUCGUUCAGAUCGAACCUGUCUGCUCUGAAGGACAUCCGUCGUCUGGAUCAGCUGAUCCAAGCUCACACGCUGCUGGCUGUGAUGUCAGACAGGAAGUCACCUGAGCAUCAGCUGCACCUGCUCACAGCCCACAGCCUGGUGCUGCAGACGUGGCAGGUUUCCAUGGCUGUGGCUGCUGACAGCUCUGACAUGAUGAAGACUCCUCCUCUUCCUCUCCCUGAAGGACCCCAGAAAGGCAAAAACAAGAAAGUGAAAAAUUCCACCCCUGCAGAGGAGAACCAGAGACCGCUCCGUCUGCAUCCCUCUCCUCCCUCCACACUGACCGACUGGGCCCGGUUCACCUGUCCCRACCCGGCCAGACACGUCUUCAGAACCAGCACCAACCCCAGCUGCAUUAACAAACACAGCAUCAGGAAACAGACUCAAAGUCUGUUUUUUCUGAGCCUUCUGGAGAAAGAGCUGCUCUCCAUCUCACUGGACCACCUGACUCCRCCCAUCCUGCACCUGGCUGAGGUCAUCGCUCGAGACCUUUUGUUGAGGAGGAGCCUCUCUGAUCUGUACAGGCUCAGGAUGGUGAGGAUCUGUGUUCAGCUGGGCCUGGAGUCCGUUUGCCCGUAUCAUCAGAACGUUUCAAACCUGGUUCAGAUCCAAGAAGAAGAGCUGACAGAGAGCCACAGAGCCAUGCUGACGUCUCAGGAGAGGAGGAGCCUUCACAAGUCGUCUGACCAGGAAGCUGAUGUCACUGAAGAGUCGUUGUUGUUGAGACCAAACAGAGACGGGAGGUUUCUGGACGUCUGGUUGGACAAAGCGGAGGUUUGCCUGAGCCUGGACCUCCGUCAGGCGGCUCGGCAGCUGCUGGCCGAGGCCCACAUGGUGUCUGCGGAGCUCAGAGAGAAGAGCUCCCGAUCCAGAGCUUUACUGCUCCUGGCCCGUCUGGCCUGUGAAGAGCAGAACUUUCCUGAGGCUCUGGACCUGCUGGAUCGAGCCCAAAGCCUGGGAGGGAGCGCAGAGUUCUGGUACCAGCUGACCCUCCUCAGGGUCACAGCUGCAGUGGGUCAGAGACGCCCACAUUCACAAGCUGAGGUGCAGAGUUUUAUCCAGCAGGGCUGUGAGGCUUUACAGCUGCUCCGAACCAGGASAACCAACAGCACUCAGGAGCUGACCUCCAUGAUGGCCUCCUUAAACAAGAGGGUCAGGAGGAGGUGUCGCUGCCAGCAGUGAGGAGGCUCGAGGAGCUGCGGUUCUGCCUGGCCCAGUUCAGUCUGGAUGUUCUGGAGCAGCGCUGUGCUGAGGAGGUCCACCGAGCUCUGGACCGGGACAAGAAAACACCUGCUGACGUCAUGUUAGAGGAGUUUACACGCUGCACACCUGAGCCCAGCUCUACACAACAGGACUGGGAGGCUGUGGGUCAGACACUGGGUCAGCUGGUUCUGGGUCAGCUGGCUGCUGUCAGCUUCCAGUCUUCAGACAACAUGGAGGUCAGAGCUCACUGCCUGAGCUUAACUGGAAAAUACCUGAGGCUGCUGGCUGUGCACGAGGACCCCGUGCACGUGAGGGCCCUGUGGGAUGCACACAGACAGGAAACCUGCUCUGACUCUGAUCCAGACAGACGGGUGGACACGUCCUCAGGCAGGUCUGAGCUGCAGAGGACGCUCAGAACCAAGCAGCUGCUGGAAGAGUCCAGUAAAGUUCUGUGUGAGGCGGUCAGCCUGUGUCUGCAGCACAACGUGUCCUCCUCCAUCCUGGCCGACGCCUCCUUCAACCUGCUGCAGUGUCACGGCCGGUCUGACCCUGCAGAGGCCGGUCAGCACCUGGCUCUGUUUCAGAGCUGCUGCACGGCUGCCGUGGCCUCUGAGCUCCUGACUUCUGUCUGCAGAGACCCCUCAGAGUCCCGCCUCUCAGCCCUGCUCAGCCUCCGCCCGAAGCAGGUGGAGGACUCCCUGAGCAGCCUGUCCAAGGCCUUCAGUCAGCUCACCAUCAGGUCCAGUCACCUCAGCUUCCUGUCAGAAAUGUCUCCAAACCUGAAGAUCCUGCUGCUGCAGCUUUCUGCAGACGGGUCAGAACUUUAUGGAGCCUUCUAUGAGAAGAAUAAAACUGCAGAAAGUCUAAAACGGAAAGCUGUACAAGCAACACAAGGAGGCGUGACGUGCUCUAAGGUGGCCAAGGUUUCAGUCUGCCCACAGGCGCUCCUGGACCUCAGGGACCGGGUCCAGGUCUUCAGGCUGGCCAGCCAGUCCCUCCUGAAGGCAGAGACUGUGCAGGGUCCUGAGUCCUGGCUGGAGGACUCUGAGGGCCUUCAGACUCAGAGACGAGCAGAAUCAGCGUCAGCUCAGACCUUCAGAGAACUGCUGAGAGACAUGGAGGAAUAUCUGRGUCCUCUUCUGUCCCAGCUGGACCUGUCCUGCAGGUCAAACACUGCGUCUUUCCCUGCCUCUGAGAGAACUACAGAAGACCAACGUCCCUCAGCUGAACCUGAGGACCACCUGCUGCUGCUGGCUGACAGGAAGUUGUUGGACUUACCUCUGGAGGCCUUGUCGGUCCUGCAGGACCAAGACCUGCUUCCUGUGWGCCGAGACUUCUCUCUGCAGCUCUUCUACAGCCGCCUGAAGACACAAGGACCACAGAGAGCUGACAGUGAGAGCAGGAAGGAGAGCAAAGGUGGGAAGGGGAAGAAGGGCAGAGCAGAUCAAAGUCAAACCAUGAAAGUGGCUCCUGCCAGUCGUGUGGUGCCGCCUCAUGCUUUACCUGUCAGCACAGGUGGAUUUAAAUGUAUCCUUUUAAAGAUUACAGCUUCAAACGAUAUAAUAGAUCUUCCCAGUGACAGACAUGUUGGUGGAAGCAGUGUGAGCAAACUGCAGGAGGUUUUAAAAAGUCACCUGUGUGAGACCAGCAAAGACAGAACCAGUGUGUCGGAGGCGGAGCUUCUGUCCAGGUGUACUGCCUUCCUCUACCUGAGCAGGGACUCCUUCUGGACCAGUGUUCCACCUGCUAAACUAGCAGCCCUCAACCUGUCUGACUGCCGUAUGGUUCUGCUCUUUGACCGGGUCCAGGACCAGAUGAGUCCUCUCCACCAGCAGAGAGCGGGCCGGGUCGUCCUGGAGGAACCCGUGGAGGCGGCUCUGUUGUUGAGUCUGAGUGGAGUCGGAUCCAUCUUCAUGAACCAGUGGUCCGGCAGCCUCCAGCAGACGGUCCAGACUGUAGCUGCUGUGCUGGACAGUACCAUGAGAACCAGGCAGACGUCGGGUCAGACCAUCAGGACUCUGAGGGAGCAGCUGGGCCCAGGUGGUCCAGCUCUGGAGGUGUCAGGGACUCACGGUCAGCAGCUGGAGUCUAAAGCCUGUGUGAGUCCAGCUGCCUUCAGCUGCUGUCUCUACGGCCUCCCAAACUGAAUGAGCACUUAGUGACCUGUAGACCCUGAAACCAGCCCUGAAAGACCCCCAGUCUUCAGCAUCGUCACUCAGAAAUACCUCACWGAUCCACUUUUAUUGCUUCAUGUGAGACUCUAGAGCUGCUGUUAUAUAAAAGCUUCAAAGUUUCAUUAAGAAGGAUCUUUGACUCUGUACCUGUAUGUACCAGUUUAAUUUAAUAAAAUACACAUGUAAUACU